GGCAAUUAGGAACCACCACUUGUAAUUACUAGCACCAAAGAAAGAGUGCUCGUUAUUAUACAAAAAAACAAAAUGACAAAGUAUCAUCAACACCGAACAAAGAUGACGCGCGACGACAACUGCAUGUGGCGACGAUUAAUGCUCGGCUUGCCCACACAGCUCACACUACUUGCCGUGGCAGAGGGGGCUUUACGGAGUACGGAAUUUUCAUCCGGCUCGAGCGCAUCGUCGGUUCCUGCAGCGGCAAAACACAAUUACGAUUGUCAUUACCCAACUAGCAAAUGGUUUUUCUUCUUGUCCCCAUUCACCAAAACAGAACAAUGUUUCAUUGAACAAGACGUUGUAACACAACUACUCAACAUCUUCUUCAAUGUCGGUCGCCUAUUUUCGGCACAGAGACACAUGAUCCCUCUACCAUGUCUUCGCCUCUUCUCUAACUUCUACCCUGUCUCCUGAAGCGUCCUUUUCCCUACGAUUCGUCGGCAAACGCUCAUUUGUGGAAGAAGAAUGUGAAAACAGUAGAAGCAUACGAGCUUUUCGAGACUGAGGAAUUGCCACGGGACUUCUCAUGGCGUGAAGUCGAUUGGUCUCAUGUCGUACGGACAGGUGAAAAACUGGAACGCGUGUUGAAGAAAAAAGCAGAUGAAGCACCACAACCAGGGCAAAAAGGAAAGACGUUGAUGAGGCGGUACUGGUGAUACAAUAUGUGUACCGGUUUUUAUGUGUACCCUCCACGAGAAUUUAGACAUUCUUUGAUGAUGACACUAUGAUUUGGUUUCGAGUGGUUACACCUGAAAUCAGCACCAUUUUUAAGGUCAUCUCGAAGGAAGCACACUCCAGGUUUCUCUCUGCCUUUUCCUUAUCCGAGUCCAGUGUGGAAGCUACCGAGCAACAACAUCUUCGAAAGAAGUAUGAGCAUGUACAGACGAUGCUUUUAGAGAAGUCCUCUGGGGAAAAUGAAGAGGACAAAUACUUUGAUCCCCACUGGUUUGACAAAUUCGAUCGAAUUUUGCCACGUGUUGUUGGAAAUGUGACGCAUCACAUCGAGCAUUACUUGUUAUGAUCUAGCUAGGAAGGGUUAGUGGGGUGUUGAGAUAUUAUUUUUGAACCUUUCAUCUGGAUCCGCCUCUGGAAAAAAUGGCAGUAGUAGCUGCGUCUGCGGCAAUUCUCUUAAAAAUAUUUUCAAAGCUUCUUUAUCACUCCUUUAUUUGCAACACGCACUUCUCACUACGCAGACGCUCGCUUAACUACUCAUAUCACUCCUGCUCUAAUACCCGCACCCACUCCCGCUCGUACAGUAUCCAUGUUGACACCUAUCCUCAACCAGCACAUUCCUCGAUACUGUGGCGCCUGCUGGCUGCAUGCCGGUGUUUCCGCUAUGAACGAUAGGCUGAAGAUCGCCAGACGCGGACGUGGUGAAGAUGUAGUUUUGUCUAGACAAGUGGUGCUCAAUUGCGGAAAGGACACAGCCGGAAGCUGUAACGGUGGAUCGGAUGUGACACUAUACCUAUGUGAAUAACGUGACUUCUUUAUUGCCUCGAGCUCGACGCUGAAAUAGAUGUUGUUGUUGAUCACCCUUCUAGUCCUACUCGUACUUACUUAACUUUAUUAAUAACCGUACCACAACUACACUAGCAAAAACAGGAGGAAGUAUGGAAUGAAUGUUGACAUUAACCUCCCUUUUCGUUUUCUAAUCGCCAACUAUGUGAAACAACAUGGUCUGCCAGAUGAGUCUUGUCAAGUUUACGAAGCCAGAGAUUACGAAUGCUCGCCUUUCCGAACGUGCAUGAACUGUGACCCAACGCCCGAUGGGAGAGCUGGUAUCACCUGAUACGACGUGGAAGAGAAAUAAAAAAGAACAUUUUUUGUAUUUAUACGAAAGAGAAGACGAAGAGCCAUGGCGCUACAGGAAAAUUCUACAAACAAAUAGAAACGUGUCAUCUCCUGGGUAAUUGCAAAUCUUCUCCAUCAAAAAUACUGCUUCUGGUCCGUCUUGUUGUUCAUCUUCAUCAGUUUCAUCUCGACAUCCUUCUGUGUCCUUGACUUCAUCCUUUCCACAUCAAUACCAGGCAACGAAUCGUCAACCGGCUGUUAUGCUGUCCAACGAUUCGGCAAGUAUUUUGUAGAGGAGUAUGGCGUCAUCGAUCUUGCGGCAAUCAAGAAGGAACUUGAGGCGAAAAUGCCAAACGACUUAGUUUUAAGACUUCCGGAAAUGGAAAUCUCCCAUUUUGAGAAGCAUCUUGGACCUUCCGUGUAGUAAGAAGGGGGAAACGGGUCCAAGAUGAGUUUCAAGAUGGAUUCCCGGAAGGUCUAAUAGUUGCAAGCCAACAAGGUGGAAAUGGUGCUACACCUUCUUCUUCACCAGGGGGUUACGACAUGGUAAUGAGUUUCAUGGCUCACGCUGAGAUGAUCAGACGGAUGAAGGCUGAGAUCUACUUGAGAGGCCCCAUUACCUGUAGUGUGGACUCGAACAUCAUGUUGGGCUACUCUCGUGGCCACAUUCUGUAUGCCAACGAGCCGAAACCAGCAGGUUGGGACUUUGACCAUCUCAUCGGCGUCGUCGGAUGGGGUGUACAGUCAGCAGCUACGCCAACGCUUCCUGUUCCUGGGAAGAACAGAGUAGAAGGCACACCCUUCUGGCAUGUGCGAAACAGCUGGGGAACAGCGUGGGGAGAAGAGGGUACUUUCUACCUACUUGGACUUAUUUUUUUUACGACAAGAACAAGCAGUGAACAAGACCUCACAAUCACAUGGUUGUUCUCUAUUAAUUUGCCUCAAUCUGUCCUGAUUGAAUUUGAAGUAAUCAUGUUCUUGUUGCUGUUUGUCGAAGAGUACAACCUGCACGACUGCCCCCUACACCAGGUUGGCUUCCAGUCGCCCUCGGCGCCAACGUUGUGGGUAUUGAAACGACUUGUGCUUGGGUAGCUUUGAACCCGGAACCGGUUGUGAAGGAGUAUGGUCCACCUGGCGUGGAGAACGGACAUUUAUUCCUAUCACAGACCGCUUUCGAUGUGAGCGGCAAUGCGGAUGCGAUCCAAACUAGCGAAAUCAAUGCCCAGAGUGGAGGCGACGAUGAUGACAUCGAAUUGUUGUUUCAGUGAGAAUGGCACUCAAUGUAGAAAUUAAUUACGCAUCUUCACCUAAUUCUCCUCCUACAACUAGUAAACCGUGACAUAAAUGCAUACGUAGAAAAACAUCCAUCCUGACACAGCAGUGUGUGUCGAUUUGACCACUACUAGUUUCAAGAUAAUGCACCUCCAACCUUUGGAAAAUGUCCUACCUCUCCUAGUACCAACAUCUUUUUUAAAUUCUAUGUAGUAGUAGUGACUGCCUGCACAGUAGAUAUAGUGAAAUCGCAACCCACACUUUUUGAGUGGUGUUGAUACAUAUAGCCAGCGUUUUUGAAAAGUAUUCUGUGUAAAGAAAUGUUUCGCUUUUUAGAAUCAAUACAGAUCGUGGUUUCCUAGUCAUUACUUGUUUUUCAUAGCUGGCUGAAAACUACUAGAAGGAUCAUCGACAUCGAUCAUCUCUAAGUAGUCUUAUGUAUUAGUUUACCUUUUCCUUCAAUACCUCUAGUAAGUAUCUAUUAGUACUAUGAGCUUUUCAAUGAACCUUCAGAACAAAGCAACUUAGGAGCUUUCCCUCACCCCGAAGCUCCACGAUAUAUCAACACAGGGAUUUUUUCACGGGCUGAGAGAUGAGCACAUGGUGGAAACAUUGUUUUUGCUGUGCCUGUGUCGUCUACAGGCAACGUUGAGUGUCUGAAAUGAG